ACAACAGCGUACCAAAAGCAGUGCUCAACUGACAAGGUUCCUUGACAACUUCCUCCGUGCUCACUUAGUUCCUGUUGUUUCAGGCAUACGCACGUACUGUACCUGUUUGUAAAGAAACGAGAAAUGGCAGUACAGUGAUCACGCAACAUGCUACAUAAGCCUCUGAGAUAUCCAAGAGUAAAUGGGGCAGUGAUUGGAAACUCUUAACCGCUUUUCCCAAGGAAAAAAAAUGUUGGAAGGUUUAGCAGCAUGGGUGCUCAACACCUACCUAGGAAAAUAUGUUAACAAUCUCAACACUGAUCAGCUCUCCAUAGCAUUGCUUAAAGGUGCUGUUGAAUUGGAAAACCUGCCGUUGAAGAAAGAUGCCUUGAAUGAAUUAGAUUUGCCAUUUGAAGUGAAAGUAGGUUUAAUUGGUAAGAUAACACUACAGAUUCCCUUUUAUCGUCCUCACAUUGACCCAUGGGUAAUUUCCAUUUCACGCCUGCAUUUGAUUGGAGCACCAUCCAGACUGCAGGAGUUUGAUGAAGAGAGAACAAGGCAGUUGGAAAAGGAGCAUAAGGAAGCCUUUCUAAAUGCUUUGGAAGAAAAAUGGAGGAGUGAAUGGCAGGAGAAAGGAGAGUCAUACUGGUAUUCGGUUACUGCAUCAAUUGUGACACGGAUAGUGGAAAAUAUAGAGUUAAAGAUUCAAGAAGUACAUUUGAGAUUUGAAGAUGAUACUACAAAUCCUCAACAGCCGUUUGCCUUUGGUAUUUGUAUCAAAAGUGUAUCUAUGCAGAAUUCUACAAAGGAACCAGUGCAGAAACUGAUGAAGAAAAAACAACUAGAUAUCACCGACUUCAGCGUGUACUGGGAUCAUGACUGCAAGUUACUGGGAGAUCUGCCUCCCGGGGAGGUACAGGAAGCAAUGGACCAAAGCAUGGAGAACCAGAAUCGUCAGUACAUCUUGGAGCCAGUGUGCUGCUCUGCUGUUCUCCACAGAAACCAUGCAAAGGAACCUUUAAGAUCUCGAAAUACUCCACGAAUAGAGUGUGAUGUACAGCUGGAGACAAUUCCAUUGAAACUCUCACAGUUACAGUAUCGACAGAUCAUGGAGUUUUUAAAGGAACUCGACAGGAAGAAUCAGCAGAUGAAAUUUCGAAAGUGGAGACCAAAGGGUGCCAUAAGAAAAAACUGUCGUGAAUGGUGGCACUUUGCCCUCAAUGCUCAUCUUGCAGAAAUCCGAGAGCAAAGACAUCGCUCAAAUUGGGGUUUUGCACUACACCGAGCUCGUGAUGCUGUUUUUUACACAUGCAAAUAUUACCAUAAACUUCUAGGAACACUUUCUUUUGAGGCUUUGCCGGAGUUGAAGCGAAUUGAAGAAGAACAGACUGUUGAAGAACUUCAGAUACUGAGAGAAGUUGUGUAUGAGAGACUUCGGAGGCAAAAUGAACUAGUAGAGAAUUUACGAGAACCACUGUUGGACCCUGUAGGCACCAGUCCACCCACAGCUGGAAAUGAUACCAGCAGUAGCACUGGCAUAUUACGAUAUCUUCAGUCUUGGUUCCCUGGAUGGGGAGGCUGGUAUGGCCAGGGUUCCCAACAGUCAGGUGAUGCAAAGCCAGAGAGUAUGGAGGGACUGCUGACUGGAUCACCUUAUCAACAAGAACAGUGGAUUCCAGAUGAUUUUCUAGGCACAGAUGAAUUUUUUGACCCUGCAGCUGACUCAUCCAGUAUGAAUACCUUCACAAAGAGAGAUCAUCUCUUUGCCAAGCUAAACCUCCAUUUGCAGGGGGGAACAGUCACUCUUUUACAGCAGGUGUGGCCAGCUGCAAGUGAAGCUGCUUUCAUGCAGUUAGAAUUUGCAGGUGUGAAGAUUCAAGUAGAAUCCCUCCCACGUACGCAUUCUUCACUGUUUUCUGUGCAGUUGGGAGCUCUGUUUCUUCGAGAUUUGGCAACGCAGGGAACUAUAUUUCCUGUCCUUGUUUCCCCCAAACAGAAAGAAGCUGUGGGUCUGUCUCAUCCAUUUGGAUUUCAAACCACUUCUUCAGAGGUGUCAGCUGGUUCUGAUACAGAAAGUUCUCUUCCACCAGUGUUUGUGAUGAUUUAUGAGAGAAACCCAGCCCGCUGUAAUUUUGAAAGACGUUUGGAAGUCAGCACUCAGCCUUUAAAUAUUAUUUACAAUCCGCAGACAAUAAAGAAAAUAGCAGACUUCUUCUACAAAGGAAAAGUUCACUCUUCAGGGUUUGGAUAUCAAUCUGAACUGGAGCUGAGGGUGGCUGAAGCUGCAAGGAGGCAAUACAACAAGCUGAAGAUGCAGACAAAGGCUGAAAUCAGACAAACUAUAGACCAGCUCUUAGUGGGAGAGUAUAUUGAAAACAGCAAGCGCUGGUUGAUAAAGCUGGACAUAUUUGCACCACAAGUUAUAUUUCCUGAUGAUUUCCAUUCUUCAGAUUCCGUGUUAGUGGUGGUCGACUUGGGAAGAAUGCUACUGUCAAACUAUCAAGAUAAUCAUACAGACAAAAACAGAGUGAGUCAGGAAGCUGAAGACCUUACUGAUGAUGAAUAUGUGACACCUCUGGCCACUCCCCCUAACAGCCCACCACCUGAAGUCACUGACAGCACAGGAACUAAAAUGGAAGAUAUCCACAACAUUGAACUUGAGGAGCAGUUACGAACACAUUUGAUAAAUAAAAAGCUGUAUGAGAAGUAUUCAGUUUCUUUCAUGGACCUUCAGAUCAUGGUUGGGCGAGUAAAGGACAACUGGAAACAUGUCCAAGACAGUGAAGUUGGCCCCACACAUGUAGUGGAAAAAUUCAAUGUACACUUACAGCUGGAAAGGCGAUUAAUGUAUACAUCUGAUCCGCAACACCCAGGUUCUAUGUUGUCUGGAACAUUACCUGACCUCAAAAUACAUGUCAAUGAAGAUAAAAUAGCAGCAUUAAGAAAUUGCCUAUCAAGGCUAAUGGCCUCUGACACUAAAUUGCAGUCACCAGAUAGCUGGCCGCUAAAAAGAGAGAAAAUUUUUAAGAAAAUAGACAGUCGCAGUAGACUGCAGGAUUCUGUCAUGAAUCUGACUCAAAGUAUUGUAACUUUGGAACAGCAUACACGGGAAGUCCUUGUAGAAUCAAGACUGCUCCUUGCAGAAUUCAAAAUUACCUAUAUGGAGCUUGGUGUGGAGAGUUCUGGGAGCUACAUUUCUGUACUCAAAGUGUUUGGCAUCAAUAGUCACUUUGUCAAGAGACCAUAUGAUGCGCAAGGCUCACUUACUGUUCAUGGUUUAUUACUGGUGGACACUGUGCAGACAUAUGGCUCUGACUUUGAUCUUCUAAUGGCAUCUCAUAAGCACCUUAGCUUUGAUGUACCAACAGGAAGCCUUUUAGACAGUAGAGCACAGUCUCCAAUAUCUCCAUUUAGUGAAAGAAGCAGUACUGCCAUUGUUAAUUCUGAAGAGAAGUACACUACAUCAUCCAACAUUCCUGCAGAUGAACAUAUCUCUCCACUUCUUAUACCAAAUGACCAGGAAACACUAAUAAAAUUUGAGUACCAUUUUGUGAGUUCAGAAUGCCCCUCAAUGAAUUUGGAUAGCUCUCAACAAGUUAUGUCUUGGCAGGUAAAUAACUUGGAUAUCAUACUGAACCCAGAAACUAUGGUAAAAUUAUUAGGUUUUUUACAGAAAUCUUUCCCAAGAGAGAAAGAAGAGAGCAACCCACAGUCUUCAUUGUAUGAUAUUGAAAAAGGCCUCCAAGAAAAAGAAUCUUUUCAGUCUACAUAUGAACAAAACAUACAGAUAGUAGUAGAAAUUCAUAGGUUAAAUGUUUUGCUAUUCAGAACAGUGGGAGGCACAGGUGGGGAGAAGUAUGGGUGCAAAAUUGCAACAGCUAGCAUCAGUGGUGCCAAAGCUAAUGUCUCAAUGGGCAGCCAUUUUGAAGUGACUGGGUCUCUUGGUUGCCUGCAGCUUGUGGACCUGUCAGUGGAUAAUGUAAAAAACAACUUUGUCAUUAGUAUUGGAAACACCAAUGAGUGUGAAAGUUUUAUUGAUGAUACUGACCAUUUCAGAUCUGAUUUUGCCAGGCUUGAUAAUAAUGCUGGCUUUGGUGAAGCUUUAAGUUUUGUGUUUUUACAAGAGUCAAAAGAACAGUGUAAGCUUAAUUUAACAAUGGCCUCUCUAAACUACAACCAUUCUGCAAAAUUUUUGAAAGAGUUGUCACUGUCCAUGGAUGAACUGGAGGAGAACUUUUGCAAUAUGCUUAAAACAGCGGCAUCUAAAGUUUCCACUGUCUUAGUCACAAAAACUGCAAAAUACAGUGAAAUGGUCUCCCUGUUUGAAGUACCACGGAAGGCCAAAGAGUCAUUUGCUUUGGACUAUGACGAUGAAGACAGUUUUGGGACUUUGCCUCAUGAUCUUGAAAAAGUCAAGCUUAUUUUAAAAAUAAACAUUGAGUCCCCUGUUGUAUCAAUUCCUCGAAAACCAGGCAGCCCAGAGCUGCUUGUUGGACACUUGGGUCAAAUCUCAAUCAAAAAUUUUAUACCUGGAGAUGACACCCUUACAAAUGACAGACUUCAGGUUGAAAUUAAAGAUAUUAAACUUUAUUCAGUAAACAGCAGUAAUCUCAAUGUCAAGAAAGGACCUAGAGCUGAUGUGAAAGAAUCACCAUGUCCUUCUGUUGGCUCUGCCAGCAUCUGUAGUCAGGAAGAUGCUCCUUUCACACGUCAUGAUUUUUUUGAAUCACUUUGCAAAGGCCAUGCUUUUCAUAUUCUGAAGAACACUACAAUCCAGUUCACAUUAGAAAAAAUCCCAGUAGAGCGGGUUCUGGAGCUGUCUUUUCCUCAGCAAUUCGAGUACUUUGAAACAACAAACAUCAUGAAGGUUGAAGGCCGAUUUGUCAACCCUGUACAGGUUGUUUUUGCAAAACAUGUAUAUGAGCAAGUCUUGCAAACAUUGGACAACCUUACCUACAGUGAUGAUGUGAAUACAGACUUUCAGCCAACCUCUGACUCAGCACCCACCAAUGUUUCUUCUGACUCGAAACUUUCCAAACCAACUGAACCUUUAAGUGAAGUGAAGGAGAGUGGUCUCUUCACCCUUGACAGUUUUCCUGGUGCCCCACUGAAGAGUGCUUCUGUUCAGGAAGUCAAAGCCUUCACACAGAUCAGAGCCAAUUUCUGCAUCCCUGAGCUGCGGGUGCAGUUAAGUGGGGAUCUUACUCAUGGAGCCCAGGACCUUGUAAGCUUAAAGUUUCAGGACUUUGAAGUAGAAUUCAACAAAGACCAUCCACAGACUCUGUAUAUUCAAGUCACUUUAAAAUCUUUGCUGAUGGAGGAUCUGCUGGAGAACUCAGAUUCCAAAUAUAAGAACCUAAUGGUUUCUAGAGGAGCACCAAAGCCAUCCAGCUUCACCCAGAAGGAAUACCUUUCUCAGUCAUGUCCUUCAGUUUCAGAUAUAGAAUUCCCUGAGAUGCCACGUUCUCUCCCUUCCCAUUUUGAAGAGGCUCACAAUGUCUUUCAGUUAUACCAAAGACCUGGAUGUUCAACACGCAGGGUUAAGAAAGAUGAUGGAGACACUGAGUAUCCUUCAACUCCACCACCGUCACCAACAUCAAAUAGCUCAAGGCCACUGGGUGAAAAAAGUGCAUUUGAUGAUUCUUUGGUCCACAUAAAUGUAUUCUUGGUGGAUAAAACGCAUCCUGAAUUUUCUUCACGCUAUAAAAGAAUUAACCGCAGUGUGGAUGUGGAUUUUAACUGCCUGGAUAUUUUAAUCAGUCUCCAGACUUGGGUUGUGAUUUUGGAUUUCUUUGGGAUUGGGUCCACUGCCAGCAACCAUGCCUUAAAGACUCAGACCAUGACUAUGCAGCAGGCAGCAAAGUCCCAGAUAAAUAUCUUGCCUGAACUUGAUGUGUCAGAACAUGUGAACACCAGGCUAGAUCUUAAGGUCCAUUCACUGUCACUGGUACUAAAUAAGAAAACAAAUGAACUUGCCAAGGCAAGUACUGCAAAACUUUCUGCACAUAUGGAAAUAAUUGAUGGAGACCUGGCUCUUCAUGGCAGCUUAGGAAGCCUUUCUCUCAGUGAUCUAACCCCACAUGGCGAGCUGUACAGAGAGCGUUUUACUACCAGUGGUGAUGAGGCACUGAUUUUUCACAUCUACAAGUAUGGAGAGGCUGACCCUUUACUGCAGAGAGAAUUUGAUAUCCGUGUAAGCCUGAGAAUGGCUUCAGUGCAGUACGUCCAUACCCAGCGUUUUCAUGCAGAGGUCAUUUCUUUUAUCCAGCACUUUACUCAGCUGCAAGAUGUCUUAGGGAGACAAAGAGCAGCCAUUGCAGGGGAAGCAGUACGAGACAAGGCUCAGCGUGCAUCAAGAAUUUUUCUCGACAUUGAGGCUGGAGCACCAGUCCUCCUCAUUCCUGAAAGCUCCAGGUCCAGUAAGCUGAUUGUGGUGAAUCUUGGCAAACUGAAAGUGAAGAACAGUUUCCUUUUUGCAGGCUGCAAGGGUACUUUCUCACUUCGGGACAAGGUAGAAAAAAUUACAAUGAUUGAAGCAUUUUUCCCACUUCUGCAGGAUCAUGGUAAAACAUCCACACCACAUGAAGCACCAAACCUGAGCAUGAAGACGAGCAGCAGUACAAGUGGGGCUGUUAAAGAAGAAAGACGAAUGGAAAGCAUGCCAGCCAGUGUCAAAGACAGAAAAAAUGGCAGCAAGAAGAAAAGUAAACCCCUGGUAAAUUCUGGUGGGAAACUGCAAAGCAAAAUGACAGAGAUACCUCCUGUAGUUACCCUUGAAAGUCCAGAUGGUCACAUUUGCCUAUUAGACUGUAUAGUGGUUGAUCUUCAGGACAUGGAUAUUUUUGCAGCAGAGAGACACUCCUAUGAGUACACUGGGGUUUUACAGGAGGAAAAUAGUGAUCUUAUCUUUCCUUCCUAUUUUGUUAGACAAACGGGGGUAAAUCUGUUAAAAGAGCCAUGUCGUCUGCAGUUGCAAGUGGAGAGAAACUUAGACAGGGAGAUAAGCCAUUCAGUUCCAGAUAUGUCAGUGCAAGGCAGCCUUUCAUCUGUUCAUUGUUCUCUGGAUCUUAAUAAAUACAAACUGAUUCGAGGGUUGUUGGAGAACAACCUGGGAGAGCCAGUUGAAGAAUUCAUGAGACCUUAUGACCUACAGGACCCCAGCAUACAAACUGUGUUGGGUGGAGAAGUCUACACUGGAAUGUCUAUGCUGCUUGACAUGGUGAAUGUAAGUUUAGAACUGAUUAACUGUGAAGGACAAAGUGGUGCCUACAGCUCUCUUGCCAGGUUCGAUUUUAAGAAAUCAAAGUUACUUUUUGAGAGCUUUUCAAACCAAACUGUGUCUGUGAAUUUGCUUUCACAUUCGAUGAUGGCUUUUGAUACAAGAUAUGCUGGACAAAUGGUGACUUCAGAACAAAAACUUAAAGUGUUUGAUUGUGUCAUGCAACCAUCUAAGAACACUGCCAACCAAGGUGCUUUACAAAUGGAAUUGCAUUUCAGAUCCACCAAGGAAGCCUCUUGUUUUACUGUAGUCCUGAAUAACCUCCGUGUGAUCUUAGUAUUUGACUGGCUGUUGAUGGUUCGUGAUUUCCUGCAUACCCCUAGUGACUUGAAGAAAUCUGAGAAGCCAGGGUCCACUUUUGAGUACAGAUAUGGCAGUGAAAUGAGGAUGCCAACAACUGUAAAGAGUGGUAUUGUUACAAAACGUACUUCUGCACCUGUCAUUAGUGAAAAACACGUGGAGAUCAAAGUUAAUGUCACUGGAACAGAGUUUGUGGUUGUUGAAGAUAUGACCUGUCAAGACAGCAGUGCUGUUAUUUUGAAAGCCACCACUGUUCUAACUUACAAGCCAAGACUAGUAGAUCACCCCUUCUCCGGGAGUCUGAGUGGCAUAGAGGUGUUUUCUUGCCGUUUAGGGAGUGAACAGGAGACUGCUCUCUCUAUCAUCGAUCCUGUCAGUGUUCAGCUGGAACUCAUGGGAAACCCAACGUACCAGUCUACCUCUGGACUUCUGGAUGCUUUCAAUAAUGAAGACUUCCCCCCUCUUUUGGAGGUUCAAUUUAGUGUACUCAAUAUAAGGUUGUCGUACAAUGAUGUUCAGCUGUUUCUGGCCAUUGCAAAGUCCAUACCUCGGCAGACAAGUACAGCAAGUUCUAAUUCUUUGGCUACUGACACAGAGUCUUUAGCCAUCAGCUCCAUGCAGAUUGGUGACAACCUGACAUCAUCACCUGCUAGAAAAGAAGCAUCUCGAAGUAAACUGGACCCUGUCCUUGAGGUACAGCUUGCUCGAUUACAGGACCUGGGUUUCAGUUUAGAUGACUGCCGCAAAGCACUACUGUCCAGCAAAGGUGAAUUGAACAAGGCAGCAACAUGGUUGUUUAAAAAUGCAGACCCUCUUGCUUCCCAGUCUGUAUCGAAAGGUUCCAAGGGGCCAAUAGCUGCUGUCCCAGUCUCUGGAGUUAAGGUCAAAGCUGAGACUGUCUGCAUCUGUUUCAUUGAUGACUGCUUGGAUUGUGACAUACCACUUGCAGAAUUAACAUUUUCAAGUCUGAAUUUCUUCCAGCGUAUUGGAACCAACCCAGAUGGAAAAGCUCAUUUUAAGCUGUCAGGAGACUACUACAAUCGUGAGCUUUCAGGCUGGGAACCAUGUAUCGAACCAUGGCCUUGCUUUGUGAAGUGGCAGCAGCAAGCAGCAGGACGACUCCACCCACCUCGUCUGAAGCUGGAUAUCGAGGCUGACCAUCGACUGAAUGUCAAUAUCACAUCUGUAUUAAUAGAGCAGUACAACAGGACCAAAGCUUCUUGGAUGACUGAUUAUUUAAUGCAAGAGGAGAAGGAAUCACAAGUAUCCACUGGAUAUGAUUGGUUUGGCUCUUCUGUGGACCCACCUUGUUUUGGACAAAGCCUCCCUCUUGCAUUCCUUAGAACUAGGAGCACAGCCAGUCUGACUAACCUAGAACGGCAUAUCUAUUCCAGAGAUGUGAAGAUGCCAAAACGCCGGCAACCCUUUGUACCAUAUGCCCUCAGGAACCAUACUGGCUGUACUUUGUGGUUUGCUACUAUAACUACUUCCCCAACACAAGCAGCACUGCAUCUCAGCAGGAGCCCCUGCCAGCUGCCAGAAGAAAAUAGAGCAUUUUUUGAUGAAAGUGCCAGUGAGUGGAGGGAGGUUCUGCCCGGACAAGAAAUACCAUUUGAGUUUGAAGCCAGGGAAAAGCUCCGGCACAGACGGACCCAUGAUCUACGAAUUCACCAACUACAAGUGAGAGUGAAUGGUUGGGAACAAAUUAGUCCAGUUUCUGUGGACAAGGUUGGCACUUUCUUCAGAUAUGCUGCACCUGAUCGGAAUAAUCCGUCAUCAACUGUUGGAAGUCCAGUUAGCAAAACUAACAUAAUUCACCCACAUGUUUACUUUUCACCUCUUCCACCUGUUCGAGUGGUGUUUGCUGUUACUAUGGAGGGUAGUGCUCGAAAAGUUGUAACUGUCCGAUCAGCUUUGAUUGUGAAAAAUAUGUUGGAAGUUCCAAUGGAAUUACGACUUGACAGUCCUUCAGUUCCUGAUAAGCCUGUGCUAUUGCCUGCUGUAUUACCAGGAGACACUAUGGCUAUUCCUCUACAUCUGACAUCAUGGCGUCUACAGGCUAGACCAAAAGGAUUGGGAGUUUACUUCUGUAAAACACCAAUUCACUGGACUGAUGUAGCAAAAGCAGGGGAGGAGAGCAGCAGUAAGAGAGACUGUUAUUCCAUGGAUGUAGAGAGCAGUCACUUUUUCAGAUUUUGUGUGGCCAUAAGGAAGGAAAAUUAUCCUGACAGCCUACCUUCAGACAUUUUUUCUGACAGUGCAAAGCAGAUUUUUCGUCAGCCUGGCCAUACAAUAUUCCUUUUGCCAACUAUGGUUCUUUGCAAUCUGUUACCCUGCGAACUCAUAUUUUGCAUCAAAGGUACAACAAUUACUGGGACCCUGAAACCAGGCAAAGAGGCAGUAUUGCAUUCAGCAGAUACAUCCCAGAACAUUGAGCUUGGUGUCACAAUAGAGAACUUCCCAUCAUGCAAGGAGCUGCUUAUACCACCUGGUACACAAAACUAUGUUGUACAGAUGCGCCUCUAUGACACUAGUAAACGCCAGUUGAAUCUGAAGAUUCGCAUUAUUUGCCGAGCUGAAGGAUCACUGAAGAUACUGAUUUUGGCUCCAUACUGGCUUAACAAUAAAACAGGGUUACCCUUGAUUUUUCGACAGGACAAUACUAAGAUGGAUGCUGCAGGACAGUUUGAGGAACAUGAAUUUGCCAGGAGUCUAAGUCCACUGUUGUUCUCUUAUACUGACAAAGAACAGGUCAACUUAUGCACAAUGCGAGUUGGGAAAGGAAUUCACCCCGAUGGUGUUCCAGGCUGGUGCCAGGGUUUCUCCCUAGAUGGAGGCAGUGGAGUUCGUGCAGUUAAGGUUAUCCAACAUGGCAACAGACCAGGUCUUAUAUAUAAUAUCGGUAUUAAUGUGAGGAAAGGUAAAGGUCGUUACAGAGACACCAACAUUGUGACUUUUGCACCCCGUUAUCUCUUAGACAACAAAUCUUCUCAUAGCCUUGCUUUUGCCCAAAGAGAGUUUGCAAGAGGACAGGGAAUUUUGAAUCCUGAAGGAUACAUCUCAACUCUUCCAGGUUCGAGUGUUGUUUUCCACUGGCCACGCAAUGACUAUGACCAGUUGCUGUGUGUCCGGUUAAUGGAUGUUGUGAACUGCACUUGGUCAGGAGGUUUUGAAAUUAACAAAGCUAACUCUUUUCAUAUCAACAUGAGGGAUACUCUUGGUAGAUGUUACUUAUUGCGUGUUGAAAUCACCCUGCAUGCUGCCACUUACCGUAUUGCCUUUAGUGACUCUGACCAGCUGCCACCUCCCUUCCGCAUUGACAAUCUCUCUGAGGUGCCGGUUAUAUUCUACCAACAUAGUGUAGCUGAACCUCGCCUACACACUGAAGUGAAGCCUAUGGCAUCAUUGGAUUAUGCUUGGGAUGAGCCUAGCCUCCCUCCUUUCAUCACUUUGACUGUUAAGGGUGCUGGAUCAUCUGAGGUUGUCUGUAGUAUGAAUGAUUUCAAGGAAAACAAACAGCUGUAUUAUCAGAAUUUCAUUUAUAUUGCAGCAAGCUACACAUUCUCAAGAUGUGAACAAGGCCCAGGAAGACCAGUGUCCACGUCUAAGGGGGUCAGUUCUGCAGAGUUAGUUUUGGAUGUUGAGCCAAAGACACAACGGGUUAUCUUGAAGAAAAAGGAACCAGGAAAACGUUCACAGUUGUGGCGUAUGACUGGAAGUGGGAUGCUGUGUCAUGAGGGCUCAUCACCUCCUCAUAAUCCAAACAAACCUCCUUCCACUCGAUCAUUCGAUUCCUCCCUGGUGUUGGAUAUUGCAGGACUUGCUGCAGUCACUGACAACAGCUAUGAACCCUUGAUGCUGAGAAAACCAGACCGCCGGCGCAGUAUUACGCAGACAUGGUUCUUCAGAGAUGGCCGGUUAACAUGCCGCAUUCAUGGCCUUGUUGUUCAGGUAAAAAAUGGCAUUUCAAGACUUCGAGAUGGAGCAGAGGUUGUGCUGGGUCCUGAACCCUCUGUUGGCCUCUUAGAACCAGUUCCUCCUGAACAGCAGUUUGUAAACCAGAAGAUGAGACCAGGAUCAGGAGCACUUUCUGUCAAAGUAAUACCUGAUGGUCCUACUCGGGUUCUUCAGAUAUGUGACUUGAAUCAACGCAAAAACAACUUUUCCUCGGGACAAGAAGAGUUUCCAACUACAGAGUCAGAGCUCAGAAAAAUGAUGAAUCCUGACACAGACCAAGAGCUGGAGGUGAUAGUAAAAUUAAAGGAUGGUAUUGGUCUUUCCUUGGUUAAUAAAGUUCCAGAAGAGCUGAUAUUCACAUCUCUUAAAAAAAUAAACAUUCAUUUUACACAGACUGCAGCCAGCCAGGUGCUUGAGCUUGGUGUUGAUGUUGUACAGGUGGAUAACCAACUACUAGGCACAACACAUCCCAUUAUGCUGUCUCUCACCCCACACACCGAUGAAAAUGAGGUAGUGGAAGAAGGCCCAGCACUGCAGCUCACAGCUAUGAAGAUUCCAUCCAGGAGCCCAUUAACUGACCUGUUCAAGCAUUUAAUGAUUACUGCCAGGAAAUUCACAGUGCAUAUAGAGGAAAAGCUGCUGAUGAAGCUGAUCAGUUUCUUUGGAUAUGGACAGCCAGAAUCAGAGAUUGAAAAGCUUGAUGAAAUUAUCCAUGAAAAGAGCACUGAGCAGAGCGGGCCUCAGAGACGUUUGUACUUUGAAAAUCUGAAAGUGAAUGUGCCACAAAUUAAACUGAGUGUUUAUACUUCCAAUAAACUGCCUCCAGACCUUAAGGCACUGAAGAGCACCCUAGGCUUCCCACUUAUCAGGUUUGAGGACGCUGUGAUAGAUCUUGAUCCAUACAUCAGGGUCCAUCCAUAUGAAACCCAGGAAUUCAUUGUCGCUGAUGUUCUGAAGCACUUUCAGGAGCACCAGUUGGUUUCACCUCUUGGCUUUGCCAAGGUGAAAAGAUAUAUUCAGUCACACUCCACCUUAUGA